CUUCAACCAAUGACCAAUUGUAUGACGGUGGCUACAUCAACAGACGAAGAAAAUGACUGCAAGUCAAAUAUAGAGCUAUCAGUUUUGUCGUUGGAUAACCCUCAGCAAGGCCCCCAGCCACAACAACCACAACCUCAACAAGCGCAAGGAGUGCAACACGAUUCAACGUCUUUGAUGUCUCUGGAUGGGCAGGGGCCACAAUCGCAGCAGCCAACGCCUCAACCAGUGCCGCACGAUGAUCAGAACCACAAUCAUGGUCAUGGCCACUCAACACCUCAGCCUCAACCACAACUCCACUCGCAAGAAAACAGGGUGGUGAUGACCAGCCCUGCCCUCAUCAUGUCAACCACACUUACCCCUCUGACAACCAUCCAACCAACG